CUCUGGAAAGUGCGUUUACUUUUUCGACCACGUUCAGCGGAAGUGCGGGAGUUUCGUCUGUUCUAGACACAGGUAGUCUAUGGCCGUGUUCGAGAGGAUCAACCCCGCAAUGUAUCAUGGGUGAAUUUUUUUAUGACUGACUGAUCUACAAAUUAGAACGAGGCUUUAUUUAUCAUUCAAGGUGAUUUUUAGAUCAGUCAUUCGGCAGUCGCUUGCGGUCGUUAUGAUGCUCUCGUAAACAGCCGAUUUAAAGCGUGUGUCUUGGCACGUUAUACACCAGUUUCACACUUCAAGUCCGACAGACAACUCUUCCAGCAUAUAUACUCUCUCUAAAGAAUCAUGGACUUCGAUUUAGCUGACGCUCUGACGAGCUCAUAUUCGAGUAUGGAGUUUGAUACCGAAUACCGCCCGCCUGAUGCGAAGAGUGGACCAGAGACGGAGCGCUGUGGGCUGCACGCGCCCCUGAACCUCGACUUGGAGGUUAUCCUACAGCAUCGGGGAGGCAUGAGACAGGUGGCUCACCUGGUGAUUGCGCUGCAUCGAAUGAAAAACCCCUUCCGGAAGUCRGACUCCACACACACUCCUCUGGACGUGGAGUGCACCGACGAGCAGUUUUGCAGCAUCAUCAUGGAUAACCUGCUGGAAGAGUGUGUGAUGGUCCCGAUCCAGGAGCCAAGGGGAGCGGUGACCAAAAAAGAAAGGGGGACCUUCGAGCAGAUUGGCAGCCCCGAGCAGUAUAGCCUGUGUGACCAUCACCAGAAGAGCCUGGUGUACUGCCACAGAACCAUGGAGCUGAAGGCCGUCACAAUCCAGGGAGGCAAACGGAGAGCGAGGUUCAACCUCUCCAAGUAUAGUAAUGCCAGCACCACCAAUCAGGCCCUGCCAGUUGUCUUAGGGAUAGACCAAUGGAACCUCUCCUGCUCCAAGCAGGCAGACAGCGCAACUCCUGUCCUACAGUUGGAGCGCUGUGAGGACCAGUUAACAACCAUCGGGGCUCAGGAAAAAACAGUUCGCUUCCUCUUCUACAAGAAUACCACUGGCUUCUCAAUGACCACCUUCGAGUCGGCAAUGUACCCCGGCUGGUUCAUCAGCACCUCACUGGAGCCAAGCCAGCCCAUAGAAAUGUGUCAGAAACAGGACGCCAGAAAGCUCAUGACCUUCAUGGUCAAAAACUAAACACACACAAUCUGUCCCCAUAGUGUAUGUACCACGUACAACCAGAGAGAGAGUGCAGGGUGAAUCUGAGAAGAUAGACCGACUGAUAUUGUAGAGGAGUUGAAUUGAUAGAGCUCUGCUUUUCUCAAACUCAAACAGCGUUACAUUGUGUGGUAACUAGCUCCUUCCUUAAACCACCACCAAUGUUUAUUGAAAGUGGUUUGGUUGUAGUGAGGGUGCUUGACCAGCAGAUGGUGCUGUGUGUUUAUUCUCUCUUCUGCAGUAUUGUGUUUUACCUCAGAAGCGAUCUUUUGGUGUUUGUUUCAUUAGUCGUUGUUGAUACCGGCAGUAUUUCUYUAUUUUGAAAGUUAUAAACUUUAUUMCUGACAUAAAUGUUUUGGGGACUAUKUCAACAAUAGACCAAUGAAACUAAUACCAAAAUAUCAUUAUUUGGUGGCGUUUUUUCUUUGACUCUUUAAGGGAAGGCCCAGUUAGAACUGAUUGCUCUGUAGGAUAGUAACAGGAUCAAGAAGACAUUGCUUUCGCUUCGCAAUGUUUUAGCCACAAAUGUAAAUGUUCAAAGUGUUACAUAAAAAUAAAGUAAAUUCAUAUUGAAUUCUUUAUCUUAUGGCUACAGUGCCAA